CUUUCUUUCCCCUCCCCUUUCUUGCUUAACUUUACUUUUUAAAAUUAUGGAACCUGCCAAGCGAACUGCAAUAGAACAUUUGAGUGACAAUCAUCAAGAAAAAGAAGAGGAAGAGAUCCUUGACGAAGAGCCAUUCUCUUUGCCUCGCCAUGGACAACCAAUUGGCUAUGCUGAUUAUGAUGCCAUGGAGCAAGCAAACGUGCACUUGCAUAUACCUGAAACCAAUAUGGGAUAUCGUCUCUUGCAAAAAUUGGGAUGGAAGGCAGGUCAAGGUCUAGGCUCUCAUGGGCAAGGACGUGUUGAUCCAAUCCCUAUCGACAUUAAGGAAGAUGCAUUAGGCGUCGGCAAAGCAGAAGAAGAGGCAGCGUAUCACGCAUCAUCCACGGCCAAGCGCAAAACGCUGGACAGUGAAAGACAAUUAGAAGAGACAACGGAAGAACGGGCAUUACGAGAAACAAAAGCGAAAGAACAAGAAAUGAUCAAGGAAGAAUUGCGUGAAGUAAAGCGUGCAUUCUAUUGUGAAAUAUGCGACAAACAAUACAACAAAGUGGCGGAAUACGAACAGCACUUGCAGAGUUAUGAUCAUCACCAUAAAAAGCGUUUCAAAGACAUGAAAGAACAAUCACGCAAGUCUGGAUUUGCCCAGUCGGCCAAAGACAAACAGCGCGAACGGGAAAAGAAACGGGAGGAGCGUGAAUUGAGACGAAUGCAAGAAGCCAUGUUGAAAAAGGCUGGUAAUGCUCAACAACAACAACAGGGCGUUCCUACACCCGUGCCAGGACCAGCAGCACCAGGCUUGCCAACCAGCAAUACUAGUAGCAGUAGUAAUAGUAGCAAAGGAGGAGGAGGAUGGACAUCAGCACCAGCACCAUCAGCAGCAGCAAUACAAAGUAAAAGUAGUACCGCUACUAGUACUAGUAAUAGUGGUGGUGGUGGUGGAUGGGCAAUGGCACCGGCUGCUGCUGUCCCUGCAACUACUAUUACUACUACUGCGAAUGACCCUACUAUCGCGAAUAGUAAUAACAACAACAACAACGGUAACAAGGUGGAAGCGACGACGACGAGUAGUAGUACACUACAGGAAAAGAUGCCUACCAAACUGUCUUUUGGACUGCCGCAAAAAAAGCCAUCUGGAUUUCGUUUCAAUCUUAAAAAAAAAUAAAAUUGGUUUAG